AUGGGAAGAGGUUACAGCCAAAUUCAAGGGAAUACUGAAAUGUGUAUGUCGGACUAUUUGAAUGGGGGUAUGCGAAUUAUUAAUCUUGACAUCAAAUGCAAAGCAUUGUUGUUUGGUCGUGUCUUCCGAUUUUUUGAAGAGAGUGAGGCACCUUGGAAAGAUUUCAUGCGUUAUUACAUCGGACGGGCUUUAGGCAUAAACGAUAACUCGAGACCAAAUAGUGACAUUACAACUCCGUUUUAUAGUCAUCUUCUUCGUGUUCUGAGAAAAUUUGCUGUUGAUUUGGGACAACCUUGCACAAGCAAAAUGUAUUACCUAAAACGUAUUGAAGAUUGUGUUACCCCGAUACAAGCAAGAAGCGAGUUAGCUUGGAAUCAAAGAUUUGGUCCUGGUUUAAUUUGGAAAGAGAUUUGGAAGGAUGUCAAUCGAAGUUUCAAUGAUCCAGUGUUACAUGAUUUUGAUUGGCGCACAGUACAUCAGGUUUUACCUGUCAAUUUCAGAGUGCAUAAAUAGUAUUCACAAAUAUCCUCAGCAUGUGCAUGGUGUGGUGAAAGAGUGGAAACAUUAGAACACACGUUGAUUCAUUGUCCAAUGGUAAAAGAGAUGUGGAUAUUCAUUUUGAACUUGUACAAUCGAAUUGAUGAAUCGGUUCUUGGUCUUUCAGAACGGAAUAUGUUGUUGGGUUGUUUCCCGCGAACAAGAGACCUUCUGCAUUACUUAAUCAGUGUUGGAAAAUUUUCCGCAUGGAAAGAACGAGUGUCACAUCAGUUCAAGAAGGAUGAGAAAAUUAACAGUCUUGUGUAUUUUAAGAAUUAUGUGCGAAAUCGAUUGGAAACAGAACAGUGUAUCCUCCUCAUGUGUGUAUUGAGCAAUUCAAAUUCAUACAUCAGCCCCGCUCUUCCCUGCUGAAAAUCAAAUCCCUCCCCGGGGUUUCAGAUGGACGAGUAAUUGCGCUAGAUACAAGGUCUUGAAUAUCAAAAGAAAGCGACUCAAUCAUGAAAUAAGUCGAUUUAAAAUAAUUCACGAAGAGCAUAUACAACCAUACACGACUAAACAGCAAAGUUGAACACAUAUCACUAUAUAACUCAUUAGAAUUACCAAUCGACUAAAAAAAAUGCCCUGGCGAAGCGGUUGAAAAUCAACAAUUCGAGGCAAAAUAUUUUUAUUUACAUUGUCAUUUUUUAUGCUUGAGCCGAAGUACUUGCCUCAGCAGAAUACCCAAUGCCAUGGCAACUGCUGAAGCACAAAAUGGCGAUAAAAACAAUCGUGACAGUUCGAUAUGAAAUAUUUCUUGUUUCAAUCCUAUUUUGGCAAUCGUUGAGUUCUAGAAAAUUACAAGUUGAAUUUUAUGAGACACUACUUCUAAGCAAUUUGGAUUAUAUUAUUCAGUUCUAGACAUAAGUAAAGUAUAAUACACGGUGAAAUACAUGCUUGUAAACAUGCUACCAAAUUACAUUAGCUUUCUAGUACCAAACUGCAUUUUAGUGUUAGCAACUCAUAUAAUUUUAAUAUCUCAGACUUUUUAGACAAAAUUAAUGUAAUAUUACACUAUAUCAACCUUGAUCUGCAUUUAGUUUCAUGAGGUAAUAUCCUGUCCGUAUAAAGCGCAAGAUCAAAAUCUUGGUGCCAAAUUCAAAUUUCUCUUCGAUAUCGAGAGUGCGAUAGCAAAUGCUAAGUAUAAAUGAUUUCAUUCACGAAAAGGUUUGUACUUUAUAAUCAUGGUUAUAUGUCUCAUUCACCCGCACACUUGCAGAUUUGCUGAAACUGCAGCUUGGCAGAUCACAAGAGCGGUUACUACUAAAGUUAAACACAGUGAGAACGAAACACCAAAGAGCCAUCACACAUGCGUUGUUCAGGAGACUCACAAUCGGUUUACGUCUAUGUUCACUAGUACUGGAAGCAGAGUUGCAGUUGAUUUCAAGUCUUUUAACCGAAAAUUGCCAGAACUUCGUAAGAAAUUUAGUACUUGGAACUCCCAUAAAGCGCAAAAACAUGAGCAAUAUUUAGAAGCAUUUUCAACAGAUACCUGGCAUAAACUGUCACUACAAGCGAAAGACGAACAUAGCUUGAUGCCAAGCAAUUUAAGUCUUGUUUAA